AUGGAUCCUUCACUAUACAAACAACUCACUACCAAGCGCGGCUUCAAGUACAACUACUUCGUUGCUGUGGGGCUAUCUUCGCAUCCGGCGCUGGUUCUGAUUCACGGCUUCCCCUCGACGUCGUACGACUGGCACCACCAAGUCUCUUUCUUCAGGGAGAAAGGCUACACCGUGAUCGUCCCCGAUACUCUCGGAAAUGGUAGAACGGACAAGCCCACAGACCGGCUUGCCUACAAACACAGUGGCAUGGCGGCCGACUUGGUCGAUAUCUUAGAUUCCGAAAACGUCGACAAAGCUAUUGUUAUUGGGCACGACUGGGGAUCUGCACUGGUCAGUCGUGUAGCCAACUACUACCCGGAGCGGCUCCACGCAGUUGGAUUUUUGUCUGUCGGCUACGUGCCCCCCAAUGUUGAAUACAACUAUGAUGCCUCUUCAACCCUUUUGAAGGAUGCAAUUGGAUAUAACCCGUUCGGAUACUGGCAGUUUUUUGUGGAAGACGGAGCGAGCACAACUAUCAAGGAUCAUUCGAAUUCUUUCUUUGAUCUCAUCUUCCCUUCGGAUCCAAAACUGUGGAAGGAGCAUUUAUGUACCCCAGGUGCAGUUAAAGCGUGGCUUCUGGCAGACAAGACAGCCCCCCUUGUGGGCUAUCUCACAGAGGAAGAAAAGAAAAUAAUCAAAGCUAGAUUCGCCGAGGACGGGCUCGCAGGAGGCUUAAAUUGGUACAAGGUUAGUGUAUAUGGUAUCGGCGCUGAAGACGACAAACAGGUAUCUGCAAACAACUAUUUCGUUCAAUUGCCUGUCUUCUUCGGCGGAUGCAAGGCGGAUUAUGCUGUUCCACCUGCUAUAGCCCUCUCCGAUCUGACCAAGUAUUGUCCGAAUCGGACUGUGAAAGAGUUUGACACCAGUCACUGGGUGCAGCUUGAAACUCCCGACUUGUUGAAUCGCGAGUUGUUGGCGUGGAUCACCGAUUUGAAAGUGCAGGUCUAA